GAAGAAGAAGAAGAAGAAACAGCGUCCUUCCUCCCCGCUGACAGUCCGCCAUGCUCACCCUGCUGCACCACUGUGGUCGUAGCAUACUGACAGUCAGGACAGUCCAGGCAGUGAACAAAAGUUACUACACAACGCAGAUGGGUAAGCGCGUGGCCGUGGUGUUGGCGGGCUGCGGGGUCUAUGAUGGCAGUGAGAUCCACGAGGCCUCCGCUGUUUUGGUCCACCUGAGCAGAGGAGGUGCAAGUGUAAAAAUGUUUGCCCCCAACAUUGAUCAGAUGCAUGUGGUGAAUCACCUGAAAGGAGAGCCAUCUGAGGAGAAGAGAAACGUGUUGGUGGAGAGUGCAAGACUGGCCCGUGGAGACAUCCAGGACCUGUCUAAACUCAGUGUCAAGGACCAUGACGCUAUUAUAUUCCCAGGUGGAUUUGGGGCAGCGAAGAACCUCUGUACAUGGGCAGUGCAGGGGAAGGACUGCUCUGUCAAUGACGAGGUUAAGGCCACGCUGCAGGCGUUCCACGGCGAGGGUAAACCAAUCGGCCUGUGCUGCAUCUCACCCGUCCUGGCUGCCAAGGUGUUUCCCGGCUGUGAGGUCACCGUCGGCCUCGAGAAGGAUGACAAGUACCCCGACACUACCGGCACUGCCGCGGCCAUCGGCCAGCUGGGCUGCAAGCACGUGAGCAAGAGUGUCGGCGAGAGCCACGUUGACGAGAAGAACAAGCUGGUCACCACCUCUGCCUUCAUGUGCAACGCCCCGAUACACGAGAUAUUCGACGGAAUCGGAGCGAUGGUGCAGGACGUGCUGAAACUUGCCUGAUUCUGCCGACACUCAAAAGAAAGAAAGGGGGGGAGCAAAGAAAAUGGCGGGAUGUGAUUUCAGUGAGCUUAACAGUAGCUGCCUGCUGGACUGAGAUAAAUAGAAAAUUAUGUUACAGCAACUCCUCGAUCAGAAUCACUUCCAGAUCCGCUUGUCGUGGUAAUGUGCACUAUAUGAUCUGAUUUAUUUAGCAAAAGUCUGUUUGACUCAGUCUUGCCGGGCUGUGUUCUGAUGCAGUGGAUCAGCCUCAUGAUGGCAAUGUUGAUCACAUUUUAGAAAAGCAACAGCUGGUGUGGUGUUGUAAAAAAAAAAAAAAAGCAAUAAAAUGUCCACUUUCCAGUU